GGGAGGUGGGAGGUGGGAUCGGCCGUCGGUUUGGGCACGUCCCGGUCCCACUAACCCCGCAGUCUGUCCCAAAGAUCUUUGGUCUAACCAAGGGCCACUACGGUGCAAAGCCCAGGAGGGAGAGAAGAGGAGACAGCGCCGGGAUCGUGCAUCAGCCCAGUCUGCCUGUGUUUACCGGUGCAGAGAACGGCGGCUUCACAGGGAAACAAAACAAAGCGCUGUGGAGGAACUAACUCAUCAGGUCAAGCAGCAUCUGCGGAGGGCGAGAGAUGGCUCGGGUCUGGACCCUGCAUGGGGGUCGGAGAGGGGAGAUGACCUGUUAAAGAGCAGUCUAGUUUGGCAUCUGUUGAGAGAUCUUUGGGAUGAUUUAUAUUCAUGCAAUGGGAAACGGUUCUGUGAGAGCACCAAGGCCUGAACAGAAUAACUCCCCCCGUACCCCGACAGACACCUCCUUGGAGAACUUGGAGAACCUCAGAGGGAAGAUUAUUACUCUAGAAGAAGAACUGAGGAUGAAGGAUGAGCAGCUUAGGCAGACGUUGGAGACAAUACAGUCGCUGGAAAAAGAACUUAAAGGGAAACUUUCCCAAAUCGGCAAGCUUCAGGAUGCCAUUGGGUCCAAUACCUCUUCUGCCAACCAAUACAAGAAGCUGGUCAGUGUCAUAAACCAAGGGCCAAAACGCUUUGCCCAGGUGGCGACUGAGAUCCACCGACGCCUCAAGGCCAAAGAGGGAGUGUCAGCGGAGCCGACCUCCCGGAAUUAUUACUGCCACAGUGUGCAGAAGUUCUCCAUCGAGCAGCUUCGAGUACGGAAGGAUUCCAGCUUGAGGAGACUGAUAACGGAUGCGAUAAUGCACAACGAAUUCCUGAAGCAGCUGGAAUCGCAGCAUGUGAGGGAGAUGGUGGAAUGCAUGUACGAGAGGAGCUACCAAGAAACAGAUCUCGUCAUCCAGGAGGGAGAGCAAGGAAACCACCUCUAUGUUCUGGCAGAAGGGAUUUUGGAAGUUAUACAGAAUGGCAAACUGUUGGGACAGAUGCAUCCAGGGACAGCCUUUGGCGAGCUUGCAAUUCUCUACAACUGCAAAAGGACUGCUACUGUUAAAGCUGUGAAAGAGUCUUGGAUUUGGGUUCUGGAUCGUCAGGUUUUCCAAAGCAUCAUGAUGGAAACAGCACAGGCGAAGAAUAGGAAAUACUUUAACUUCCUCAGCAGUGUUUCGAUAUUGAAAGGCUUGCCCGAAGAGAAGUUGUCCAAGAUUGUUGAUUGUCUUGAAGUUGAUUACUACGAUAAGGGCGAUUAUAUCAUUCGUCAAGGAGAGCAAGGUAGCACCUUCUUCAUUAUUGCAAAAGGAAAGGUCCAGGUGACACAGACAAGAGAGGGAGAUGAAGGACCGCAAGAAAUCAAGAAAUUAAAGGCAGGAGAAUACUUUGGAGAAAAAGCAUUAAUAAGCGACGAUCUUCGUUCUGCAAACAUAAUUGCAGAUGAUGAUGAUACCCAGUGCUUGGUUGUAGAUCGCGACGUGUUUAACCAAAUGGUUGGCACAUAUGAGGAGUUGCAGACCUACUUGAAGGAGUACGUGGACCAACUCUCCCGCAGUGAUGAAAACAGAAAUACAAUGCCACUCACAACUGCGCUACAACUUUCCUCUGAGUGCAUCGAGGUGAUGCGACUGAGAGAAAAGGUGGCCAAGUUUACGAAUGCAUCCCCUUCCAAAAACUUUGACAUCAUUACCACUCUGGGCAUGGGAGGCUUCGGCCGUGUAGACCUGGUGAAGCUGAAGGAUGAAGAUACCACCUUUGCCCUGAAAUGUAUCAAAAAGAAGCAUGUUGUGGAUACUCGGCAACAAGAGCAUGUCUACUCCGAGAAGAACAUUCUGCUUCAGACCAAAUGCCAGUUUAUUGUGAGGUUGUACCGGACUUUCCGAGAUUCCAAGUAUGUGUAUCUGCUCAUGGAGGUGUGUCUGGGCGGGGAGCUGUGGACCGUCCUGCGUGACAUGUGUUUCUUUGAGGAACCGACAGCCAGGUUUUGUGUUGGAUGUGUUGUGGAGGCUUUUGAUUAUUUGCACAACAGAGGAAUCAUUUACAGGGAUCUCAAGCCUGAGAAUUUGCUGCUGGACUCUGACGGAUAUGUGAAAAUGGCUGAUUUUGGUUUUGCUAAGCGGAUUGGCCUGGGCAAGAAGACCUGGACCUUCUGUGGAACCCCUGAGUACGUUGCUCCAGAGAUUAUCAUGAACAAGGGCCAUGACUUUGGUGCAGACUAUUGGUCUCUGGGAAUCCUGGUCUUUGAGCUUCUGACUGGAAAUCCUCCAUUUACUGGUCCUGAUGCAAUUGAAACUUACAAUAUGAUUUUGAAGGGAAUGGAGCAAGUGGAUUUUCCAAAACGGAUUCCUAAUCGUCCAGCAGAUCUGAUCAGGAGACUGUGCAAAGUUAAUCCAACAGAAAGGCUUGGAAAUAAGAAGAAUGGAAUAAAUGAUAUUCGGAAACAGAAGUGGUUUCAGGGCUUCGACUGGGAGGGGCUACGGACUCGGAAAAUGAAGUCCUUGCUUAAAAGAGAGUUGCAAGGACCAACAGACCACAGCCACUUUGACAGCUUCUGCCGUAACAAUGAAAUGCCUCCAGAUGAGUUCUCAGGCUGGGAUGAGGACUUUUGAGGAUUGGCUUCCACAUCUGAGGAUGAAGACUGAAAACCUCAGGAAUCUUGGAGAAGUGGGAACAAGAUCAUUGUUCCGCAACAAGCUUUCUUAUACAAUUAGAACCAUAUCAUUUCCAAUCCUAUUGGUAUAUUUAGUCUGGAUGUGCCUUGAUGUUUGAAAGCCCGUGUAACUGCGCUGAUCCUGCGACAUAGUUGGUGGUGAAGAGUAUUGGGACCAUGGGAGGUUGGAAUCGUAUGUAAUUCCGGCGUUACCGUGUAAGACACUCUCAGUCAGUGCACAUUCUGCCAAUAAUUGUAGAAAGCCACUAGUGCCAUUUAGCUGAUCCUUUGGAGAGCAUUAACUGUAAAAAGAAAAUGCAAAGCUAGCAACGGCCAUGGGGCAGGUGAUUGUUGAUUUGAUUGUAUUUGCAAGCCUAAUCUCCAACAGCCUAGUAAUUAAACUCCAGAGAAAAUGCCUACAAUGUAUUGCCUUGUCAAAAUAUCCGAGCUCACAUUUACAGACGAGAACAGAAUAAACAAAACACUGGCAUAAUCAUAAUCCACCAUGGAAAUUACGACGGAUUAUGAUGAGAAA